AAAACGCAGGUGCUUUUUAAGCGCAUUUUGUUUUUGUUUUUUUUUUGUGUUUCUUUCUUUCCUAUUGUCCUGUUUCUAUGCCAGUCUUGAAUCAUUUGGCUAAAAAAGUAAAGCAUGAGCUUAGACAUGCUGUAAAUCAUAUUACAAAACCACACGAAAAUGAAGAAGACGAUAGAGAGGAGGAAUAUUUGGCUCAAGGACAUCGAUAUGAUUCAUUUGCACCUAUUCGACAUGAAGCUAUGGUCAAGUAUUUUGUCGAUGGACAUGACUAUUGCUGGGCUGUAUCAGAAGCCAUUGAAGGUGCUAAAGAAGUGAUUUUUAUUGAGGAUUGGUGGCUGUCACCUGAAUUAUACUUGAGAAGACCACCUAAAAGAUAUCCAGAAUACAGAAUUGACGCACUAUUAAAAAGAAAAGCUGAAGAAGGUGUCAUGAUCUAUAUUGUUGUGUACAAAGAAGUCGAACUGGCCUUAACAUUGGACAGUGCACACACCAAAAAGAGAUUACAAGAGAUGCAUGAGAAUAUAGUAGUCCAAAGACAUCCUGAUCAUGCAGUGGGUGGCACUUUCUUUUGGUCACAUCACGAAAAGUUUGUAGUGGUUGAUAAUCGAAUUGCCUUUUUAGGUGGCAUUGAUCUUUGCUAUGGUCGCUGGGAUACCCAUGGGCAUCGAUUGGCAGAUUUCAAUACAUCAGACCCAAGUCUUGAAAUCUUUCCUGGACAAGAUUAUAGUGAUGCUCGUCUAAGAGACUUUGAGAAUGUCAAAGAAUGGGAUAUGCGUCUCAUUGACAAAUCUAGUAUUCCUCGUAUGCCUUGGCAUGAUAUGUCACUUUGCAUGCUUGGCGAACCUGUGUUGGAUGUUGCACGUCAUUUUUGUGAUCGAUGGAACUUUAUUAAGCAGUCGAAAUCACUAGAUAAGAAGAAUGCUCCCUUUUUAAAGCCUCCUUUGGGUGGCUACAGUAGCUACCAGUCUUUCAAGAUUCCUUUAGAAAGUCGCUUGUUAAGAUCCUAUCAUUUUGAUCAUCAUACAUCAGGUAUCCAUGGUUCUUGUAGUGUGCAAGUGUUACGUAGUAGUGCAUCAUGGAGUUCUGGUAUUGAAUUAGAGCAUUCGAUUCAAAAUGCUUAUAUUGAUGUCAUCACUCAAGCAAAGCAUUACAUUUAUAUUGAAAACCAGUUCUUUAUCACCACAACUGAAAAAGACGAUAGUUUUAUUAUCAAGAAUCAAAUUGGUGAUGCCAUUGUGAAGCGUAUCAUUCGUGCCCAUGAUGAACAAGAGAAAUUCAAAGUGUUUGUCAUUAUUCCCUUGAUGCCUGCUUUCCCUGCUGAUUUGAGCUCAAAAGAAGCCGCUACUGCCAGACUUGUCAUGUACUAUCAAUACAUCUCUAUCUGCAGUGGUGAAAAGAGUAUUGUCGAGAAACUCAAAAAAGCAGGUAUUCGUGCUGAAGACUAUAUUCGAUUCUAUAGUCUCAGAAGCUAUGACCGUAUCAAUCGUCCUAUGAUAGAAGAAAUGAUGGCCCGAGAUGCUGGUUUUACACCCCAUAAAGAUGGUAAGCCUAUCCAUGAACAAGAGGUAGAAGGCACACAAGCCAAAACACCUCCUGCAGGAUUUGUGUUGCCCGAAGAACAAGAAAAGUAUCGUCCUUCUAUGCCUGAUCCUCAACAAGCACUUCACCACUCAAACGAUAUUCAUUUACCUAAAGAACAGCCGUCGGAUAGACUUGAAUUGGAUGAUUAUGUGACUGAAGAACUGUAUGUUCAUGCUAAACUGUUGAUUGCUGAUGAUCGUAUUGUGAUUAUGGGUUCAGCCAACUUGAAUGAUCGCUCCCAAUGUGGUGAUAGAGAUUCUGAAAUUGCCAUGAUGGUACAAGAUAAAGACAUGAUUCCUUCUCGUAUGAAUGGUGAACCUUAUCAAGCCAGCCGAUUUGCUGCCACUUUGCGUCGUCAAUUGUGGAAAGAACAUUUAGGUCUAUUAGAUGAAGAAAAAGAGUUGGAUGAAGUGACCAAUGCCAUGUUGCCUUUACCUGCACCUCAGGUUGACUAUACACAGACAAAAGAAGAUCAUUGGGUAAUGGAUCCAUUGGACGAAGAGACCUUGGGUCGAUGGAACCAUACUGCAGCCACAAACACCUAUGCUUUCCGCCAAGUAUUCCAUUGUGUCCCUGAUGAUACAGUCAGUACGUGGGACGAAUAUCAUAAAUUUCAUCCUGAUCCUGAAAAGAUUGAAUUGGGCCAUGUAUAUGAUCUCAAUAUGUCUGUAGACGAAGUGCGCAAACAAUUAAGUACCAUUCGUGGUCAUCUUGUUGAAUUUCCACUUCAUUUCUUACAGUUUGAAGAUCUUCAAGGUGAAGCUAUUCCUAUUGUUGGUUCUGCUGUCCAAGAACUAUACACUUAGAGCGGUGAUUUAAAUAAGGGUAAUAAAUAAUUUUAUUUUUUUUCUAAAAACUUUUUUUGUUUCUUUUCUUUUCUUUUUCUUUAUGCCACCACCACCACUUGCUACUCUUUCAAACUUAAUUACAGCUGCUAAGCCAUUUGCUUACAAAACCAUUGGUCCUCUGUCUUCAAAUGUUGCCAGACAACAACAACAACAACAACAACAACAGCAAUUGAAUAACAAUCCACAUGUUGUUACUGAAAGUGUCAUUUUAAAUUCUUUUCCUCGACCCAACUUACAGCCUACAUUACAGACAUUAUCGAGUAUGUCUCGGCUUGAAAAGUUAAAGAAUAGCUGUAGCAAUUGUCAUGGACCUCAUUCUACUGAUUUUUGCCCUUGCUAAUUCUCUUUAUGGAUACCAUAAAAAAAUUUUAAUUUGUACAACCGAUUUGAGAUGUCAGAAAUACAUUCUAUUAUGUAAAUAAAACAAGAACAAAUAGAGUUCAUUGCUUGAA